CGUCACCGUUAAGUAACGGCAGAACCUUUCCACGGUUUCAUCCAGGGCAGGCGUUUCCUCUCUCUCUAGACAAAAAAAAAAAGAGGAACAAGAAGAAGAAGAAGAAAACUUAGAUUUGUCGUUGCGUCUGGUCAAUACACAAAAGAGAGUAAUUGAUGAUGACGACGAUACCCUCUUAGCUUCUUCUGCUUCUGGUGCUUAUCCUCACAAAAGGGAGUUUCAAAGUUCACACCUUUAAGAUAAAGGAGGCUUCUUUUUUAAGAGAAGAUCGUUAUUGGAGAUGAGGGUCAAUGGUAGAUUCCUGGUUUAACGUCUUAUCCAUGGAGAAUCAUCACCCUUCGACUCUGUUAUCAAUGGAUUCAAGUGCUUCUUCACACGAGGAGCUUGAUUUGGAGAUGAACAACAACCGCCAAUCUCUCCUCUCCGGCCCUCCCGACAUCAACCUACCUCUCUCCGCCGAGCGCAGCCCUCCUCCUCAGCCGUGGAAUUUAGAUUCCUGCGACAUUCUCGAUGUCGGGUUAGGCUCGCAAGCCUACGAGACCGAGAAUUACAUGAGCGUCGUCCCCAAAGUCGGUCGAAAAUGCGCUAAGCGUGUGGACAGCGUCUGGGGAGCUUGGUUCUUCUUCAGCUUCUACUUCAAGCCCGCUUUGAACGACAAGUCAAAGGCCAAGAUCGUCCGCGACAGCAACGGGCUGUCGGGUUUCGACAAGACGGAUCUGAAGCUCGACGUGUUUUUAGUCCAGCACGACAUGGAGAACAUGUACAUGUGGGUGUUCAAGGAGAGGCCCGAGAAUGCUCUCGGGAAGAUGCAGCUUAGGAGUUACAUGAACGGGCACUCGAGACAAGGGGACCGUUUGUUUCCGUUUAGCGUUGAGAAAGGGUUCGUGAGGUCUCAUAGGAUGCAGAGGAAGCAUUAUAGAGGGUUGUCGAAUCCGCAGUGUGUUCAUGGGAUUGAGCUUGUUCCUUCGCCGAACCUCGCUUGUCUCGAUGAGGAAGAGAGGAAGAGAUGGAUGGAGCUUACGGGUAGGGAUUUGAACUUCGCGAUCCCGCCUGAAGCUAGCGACUUUGGUUCGUGGAGGAACCUUCCGAACACUGACUUUGAGCUCGAGAGGCAUCCGCCUGCGUUGAAGAACAACAACUCUAAGAAGCUACUCAAUGGUUCGGGUCUCAAUCUUUCGACUCAGGCAUCCAAUGGUGAAGGAACGGAUCUGUCUCCCUCUAGCCACAAGAAGAGGAAAGACAUGUUCUCUAACGGGAUCAAUGAAGAAGAGUCUUGCUUACCUCCUGCUAUAGAAGUUCACCAGAACGAGCUACCAAACUGGUCUAACGAGUUUAGCGGUGCGAUGAAAAACGUUCACGGACCUGUUACAGCUGCAAAGACCAUAUACGAAGACGAGGAAGGCUACUUGAUUAUAAUCACCCUUCCUUUCGUGGAUUUGAACAGCGUGAAAGUCUCGUGGAGGAACACUCUCACGCACGGUAUCAUCAAAGUCUCGUGCGUCAGCACGUCGCGCGUGCCUUUCAUCAAGAGACAUGACAGAACGUUUAAGCUGACUGAUCCAGCUUCCGAGCAUUGCCCACCAGGAGAGUUUGUGAGAGAGGUAGCGUUAUCGACUCGUAUCCCUGAAGAUGCGAAUAUUGAAGCGUAUUACGAUGGGCCUGGUUCGGUUCUUGAGAUACUUGUCCCGAAGCUUAGAGCUGGUCCGGAAGAGCAUGAGGUGAGGGUGUGUCUGCGUCCACAUCUUGGAGGAAAUGAUCUUAUGUUGACAUAAAAAAAAGAGAGAGGACGUUCUGUUACAUGUUUCUCGUAUGUAGAAGCUUAUAGGAGUCAUCAUAUAUCUCAUUGAUGUUUGCCAUUUGAUAUAUAUAGACGUUUUUCACUGUUUUAAUGAGAUUAUUCACCAUA